AUGCCUAUUACUGAAGAAAGCCAAUCCAAGGGAAAGGAACCACAAAGAGGAGUUUUUUCUUCAUUCGUUGAUGACGUGCUCAUCUCAUUGAAUUCCUGCGAUGACAAUUCUACCCAACAUCGAUAUACUUCGCCGCCGCCACCUCCACCGAUUAGAGAUGAAGUGGAUAUACUACUCUGUGAUAUGGACAUUCCAUCAACAUCAACAAAUUCUGUGAAACCUUUUAAUAGGAAAGUCGAAAGAACGGAUACAUGGCGUGCUAAUGAGUAUUCGAACCAUUAUUCAGGCUGGGAUCCUAAAAGACACCAGCCUAAUAUACAAUCCCAGUCACCAGUGUACGACGACUACGCUUAUCGAUAUAGGAACGCCACUUGGUAUAGAACGCCCACUACCAAGAAUUUGCACUCUACGGCUCGUACAAUCGUGAAUGGCUUCUCGCCCGAAGCAUUGAACCUUUUGCAAACGGACAGUUGUAAAAAAUCUGGGACAUUUCCUCCUCAUUUCGAGUGUAAAGCGUAUCCAUUAAAUACCCCGGGAGUGUGUAAUAAGGUGAUUCUGAGUUCUGGGGUUUCUAAAGAUGACCUCUCAAACGGAAUGUACAUUAUCCCACCACACAGAUCAGGCGUCCUUUACAACGCCGAGGAAUUCAUGAAUCUCUUUCUCGACGCUCAGAAUAGGUGGGCUCGAUUAGUUUCAGUAAAGGAAUGGUAUAUUAGGAAGAUUAAGAGGAGGAAUGGAAAAAGGGUAAGAAGGGUAAACCCGAGUAUGGGUGGAUGGUAUUAA